ACAGGCAAAUCCAAGUUCUCCAGCAAUCUCUCUGUGUCAUUUUUUGGAAUACACAGUAAAAUAAGACAAAAAGAUUUUAAUGUGUUGAGAGAGCAAGCAACUCGACCAAGAGACAUUUUUGAUAUGCCGAGAUGUUAAGGGCUUUCCAGACAUGCUCCGCAAAGAGGCAAUGUUACAUAACAUUGGGAACCGGUAAAAGUAAAUAUUAAAGUGAACAUUACCUGCACAAGCCCAUUUAGAGGAGGAUGAAGAUUAUUUGGGAAGAAGAAAAACACUCUUACUAAGAAUGCUGCAAACAAGCAAACAAAAUGUUUUCAGACUGUGUAACUGAGCUGUUGACAGACACCUGCUUCCAAGGAGGAGACAUCACUACCUUUUUCACGCCAAGUGCCAGGUACUGCCAGGUCAUCUGCACCCACCACCCACGCUGUUUGCUCUUCACCUUCAUGGCUGAAUCGUCAUCUCAAGAUCCUACCAAAUGGUUCACUUGUAUCCUGAAAGACAGUGUAACAGAAACACUGCCAAGGGUGAAUAUGACAGGAGCCAUUUCUGGAUAUUCUUUCAAGCAAUGCUCACACCAAAUAAGUGCUUGCAACAAAAAUGUGUAUGUGGGCCUGGACAUGAAGGGCAUGAACUAUAAUGGCUCGGUCGCCAGGAACGUUCAGGAAUGCCAAGAGAGAUGCACAAAUGAUGUGCACUGUCACUUUUUCACAUACGCAACAAGCCAGUUUCCAAGCGCAGAGCAUCGUAACGUUUGUCUAUUGAAGUACACCCAAAUGGGGACACCAACCAGAAUAACGAAGCUCAGUUCAGUGGUGUCUGGAUUUUCACUGAAAUCCUGUGCGCUUUCUAAUCUGGCUUGUAUUAGGGACAUUUUCCGUAGUACAGUGUUUGCAGACAGUAACAUUGACAGUGUCAUGGCCCCAGAUGCCUUUGUCUGUCGCCGCAUUUGUACUCACCAUCCCAGUUGUUUGUUUUUUACCUUCUUUUCUCAAGAAUGGCCAAAGGAAUCUGAAAGAAAUCUUUGUCUCCUGAAAACAUCUGAAAGUGGAUUACCAAGUACACGCAUUAAGAAGAACAAAGCUCUUUCUGGUUUUAGUCUGCAAAACUGCAGGCACAGUGUCCCAGUGUUCUGUCACUCCUCAUUUUACCAUGACACCGAUUUCUUGGGAGAAGAAUUGGACAUUGUUGAUGCGAAAGGGCAUGAAGCCUGUCAGAAAAUGUGUACCGAUACCAUCCGCUGCCAAUUUUUUACCUAUUCCCCGUCUCCAGAAUCUUGCAACGGAGGGAAGGGUAAAUGUUACUUAAAACUUUCUUCAAAUGGAUCGCCAACUAAAAUACUUCAUGGGAGAGGAGGUAUCUCUGGAUAUACAUUAAGGUUAUGUAAAAUGGAUAACGAAUCUAGUCAAAAUCUUCAAAAUGUUUCUCUGAAGCCUAUCCCACCCCAUCUACUCUCAGAGUGUACAACCAAAAUCAAGCCCAGAAUUGUUGGAGGAACAGCAUCUGUUCCUGGUGAGUGGCCAUGGCAGAUAACUUUGCAUAUCACGUCACCCACCCAGAGACACCUAUGUGGAGGCUCCAUCAUUGGAAACCAGUGGAUACUAACAGCUGCUCACUGUUUCGACGAGGUAGAGUCACCUAAAAUCUUGCGUGUCUAUAGUGGCAUUUUAAACCAGUCAGAAAUUAAAAAGAACACAUCUUUCUUUGGGGUUCAAGAAAUAAUAAUUCAUGAUCAAUAUGAAGUGGCAGAAAGCGGGUAUGAUAUUGCCUUGUUGAAACUGGAAACUGCAAUAAAUUACACAGAUGCUCAGAGACCCAUAUGUCUACCUUCCAAAGGAGAUAGAAAUGUAAUAUAUACUGAUUGCUGGGUGACUGGAUGGGGGUACCAAAAGUUAAGAGGCAAAAUACAAAAUACUCUCCAGAAAGCUAACAUACCCUUGGUGACAACUGAAGAAUGCCAGAUAAGAUACAGAAGGCAUAAAAUAAGCAGUAAGAUGAUCUGUGCAGGCUAUAAAGAAGGAGGGAAGGAUGCUUGUAAGGGAGACUCAGGGGGCCCCCUGUCCUGUAAGCACAACGAGGUCUGGCAUUUGGUGGGCAUCACCAGCUGGGGAGAAGGCUGCGGUCAGAGGGAACGGCCAGGGGUUUACACCAACGUGGUUAAGUAUGUGGACUGGAUUUUGGAGAAAACUCAAGCAGUGGGAGAGUCCCCAGAUGCUAUUUGACACCCUGAAAGGCAAAUCAGAUUAUUUCUGGGAGGAGGGUUUGGAUUGCCCUGAAGACAGACGCUGGGCUGCCAUUUUCCUCCACAGGUUAUGGUACUGAGACAGUAACGCAUUGAAGGGGGUUGGUAUUUGUGAGAAUGUGCCAAAAGAAACAAAUGGUCAUUUUCAAAAUUUCCAUUCUAUGAUAAUCUUAGUUUGUUUUCAGCAUACAGUCUCUUGCUUUUUGAUCACACGUUACUGAGCCAAAGAAAUACUCUACGGUGAUAGUUUUUAAGAUUCAAGAAUCAAGUUGUGGUACCAGAGGCUCCGGUAGAACUACCAAAAGCAACCACCGUAAAAAGAUUCGUGAAGCGAGAAAUGGGAGCUAGACAAAACGGGACAAGGACAGUCACCCUCAGUUUGCAAGAAUCUGUAUUCUGCCUACAUGGACAUCCUUCUUUUGUGAAAGAAGAACUUGAAUGGCUUCAAUGGUCGGUUUUUAGAAUAAUCAGGAAUUUUUGUGAUUUCAAAUUUUUUUUUUUUUUUGAGAGGGAGAGAGAGAGAGAAUCUUAAGCAGGCUCCAUGCUCAGCAC